AUGUCGCUCUCCAACUGCCGUUUCUACGAGGAGAAGUAUCCUGAAAUCGACUCCUUCGUCAUGGUCAACGUUAAGCAAAUCGCCGAUAUGGGCGCCUACGUCAAGCUUCUCGAGUACGACAACAUCGACGGCAUGAUCUUGCUCUCUGAGCUUUCCAGAAGACGUAUUCGUUCCAUCCAGAAGUUGAUCCGUGUUGGUCGCAACGAGGUCGUCGUCGUUCUCCGUGUCGACAAGGAGAAGGGUUAUAUCGAUUUGUCCAAGCGCCGUGUCUCCCCCGAGGAUAUCGUUCGCUGCGAGGAGCGUUACAACAAGAGCAAGAUCGUCCACUCGAUUAUGCGCCACGUCGCCGAGAAGACUUUGAUCCCCAUCGAGCAGCUUUACGAGACGAUAGGAUGGCCCCUCAACAAGAAAUACGGCCACUCGCUUGAUGCUUUCAAGCUUUCGAUCACCAACCCCGACGUCUGGAACGAGAUCCAGUUCCCCACCGAGGCUGUCGCCGAGGAGCUCAAGACCUACAUCAGCAAGCGUUUGACUCCCCAGCCCACCAAGGUCCGUGCCGAUGUUGAGGUUACUUGCUUCGGUUAUGAGGGUAUCGAUGCUAUCAAGACCGCUCUCCGCACCGCGGAGGCUCGCAACACCGAGGAGACCCAGGUCAAGUGCAGACUUGUGUCCCCCCCUCUUUAUGUUCUCACCAACACCUGCUUGGACAAGAACGCCGGUAUUGCCCGCCUUCAGGAGGCCAUCCAAGACAUGAAGACCAGCAUCGAGGCUGCUGGUGGGCACCUUGUGGUCAAGAUGGAGCCCAAGGCCGUCACCGAGUCCGAUGAUGCUGAGCUCCAGGCUCUCAUGGAGAAGCGUGAGCGUGAGAACGCCGAGGUCAGCGGUGACGAGAGCGUCAGCGAGUCCGACGAUAAUAUCCCCGAGACCGUCUAA